AUGAUCUCGUCAAGAAGGAGAGGGAGGAUCUGGCAGAGGAAGCAGGACGAGCCGAGGGCGCACAGAGUAGUGGACGGAACUGAUCCUGCAUUUAAAGGGCUUUUUCUCCUGAAUGAAGCGAUAGAUCGGAUGAUGUCUCGGUUCAAAGCUGCAGCCAUUUGCAGAACAUACUUGCCGUUGGUCAUUGCUGCCAUAUUUAUUAUGAGCUUCUCUUGGUACCGAAACCUAUUUCAGGAGUCGUUGCAGCAGGUUUUUGAAAAUUGUCUCAGACUUCCGAAGGAUGAAGAGCAUCUUACAGAAAUUAAAGAAGUGACUCCACCACCUAAGACCAAGCUCCAAGCAAAAAUAGAUGCAAUGUAUGACAAACUUGAAAAUCUUAUCCCCAAAGUGACAUUUACACACUUCAACACAACCACAAGUGGAACGAAGAGUAAGGUGUCCCUUGUAAACCCCCAGAAAACGUACUGUGUUGGAGAAGACUUUGUGGUGAGGGUUGAUAUGUUUGAUCACUUGGGCAACAGGAAGACAUAUGGAGGAGACUUCAUAAGACCAAGACUCUUUUCUCCAGAACUUGGUGCUGCUGUAUCAGGAAUUGUUAAAGACUUCAACAAUGGGUCCUAUCAGGUUCUCUUUCCAUUGUACUGGGCUGGCAAGGUCAAAGUCCACAUCCUUUUAUUCCACCCAAGUGAAGGGGUGGCCGCCUUGUGGCGAGCCAGACAUUCCAGUCUAGGUGUUCUUGGUUUUGAGGGCAAAUUUGAAACAUUUGGUAAGGAAUCUGUAAGUGAAUGCGGAUUUGAACUCAAGAGAGUAGAAGGUAAGGAGAUCUGUGAGUACAAGGACCAACUCUACGAAGAGGCCUACUAUUGCUACAAAGUUCCAAACUUUAAUUGUGAAAGCCUGAGAGAUAUGAGAGGCUACUAUGUUCCAGUAUCCUAUCUUACAGCUGCGGAAAGAGAAAUGUUUCAGAGGCCAAAUAUUGCUGUUGAAAUCCCCCCAACAUUCGAUGCCGUAACUGUUACCAAAUGUGAAAACCUAAUCGAAGCCCCAAAGCCAAAAUGUGAGCCGGGGAUGGGUUCUCCCUAUCCCAGUGGAUACUUCUACAAUAACAUCUGGCGUCCUGUUUAUUGUAACAUGACCUUCUAUAGGACGGAGAAUGAUUUCAUGAAAUGUCUGCAGGGGAAGAACCUCUUGCUCAUUGGAGAUUCCACGUUACGUCAGUUCAUGAUGUACUUCACCGAGGGAAUCAAGAUAGUGAAAUACUUCCGGUACCACAGCGGUGGAUGGGCAGAGUGGCACAAAGCUCUGGAAGCUAUAAAUUUGGAGAAAGAUCUGUACAUCUCCUAUAAAAGACAUGGAUUUCCAUUAGAACAUCCGUCAUUCUACUACUUCAAGGAGGACAUGUACACCAGUCGUCAGCUUGAUGAGCGUGCAGGGGGGAAGGGCACUAUUUUUAUGAUUACCUUGGGGCAACACUUCAGACAUUUCCCAAUUAAGGUUUUCAUUAAACGGGCAUUCAAUAUCCGGAGAGCGGUGGAACAUCUCUUCAUCAGAAGUCCUGACACCAAGGUUAUCAUCAAAUCGGAGAAUACCAGGGAGCUCUUUUCUCCGGUGGAGAUGCAAGGAGACCUCCAUGGCUAUACUCAAUAUUUGGUCUUGAGGGAGGUUUUCCAAGGAAUCAAUGUGGGAUUCGUAGACGCGUGGGACAUGACAGUAGCAUCGGCCAAUGUGGUUGUCCAUCCUCCCGGAUAUACGUUUCAAAGUAUCAUAAGUCUAGCUUUUAGUUUUGCUUGUCCGUAA